AUGACAGCAGCAACCUCCUCUGUCGCUACGCAGGAGGCCGAGCUCCUAACAUCUACCGCCAUCAAUGCCAAACACCUACCUUCAAUGACUGGCAGCGUUUCGCACACAGGGGAUAUUGUCUCCGAUGAGGUCAACUCGGCUGUCGAGCUUGCCGACCUCGAUGACGAUGAUGUUUGGACUCCUAAGGGACCUCAGACGCGGCCUACAGGCACUCCGCAGAAACCCGUGAAGCCCACAAGGCCUCUGGCAUAG